UCCGUCUUUCUCAGUAGGCAAAUUUCAACGCGUGAGCUAUUAUCAUCUGCAAAACGAGAACUUUUUCUGUUGCAUAUACAUAGCACAGAAAUUGCAACCAACUUCUUCCGUACGGAAAAGAGAGGAAGUGAGAGUGCGAACCACUCGUUCUGAAUCCUGUGUGUCUCUGUUUCUGGCUCUGAGCUUUGCUUUGGAAGAAUGGAUGUGUUACAGAGCCACCGAGCAGAAAUGCUAACCAUAGCAAUGGCUGUGAUGGCUAUUGGUGUUGGUACGGCCUACUACUUCUACGUCACCAAGAAACCAAAAGGUUGCUUGGAUCCUGAGAAAUUCAAGGAAUUUAAACUUGUUAAACGCACUCAGCUCAGCCAUAAUGUGGCUAAAUUUAAAUUUGCUCUUCCAACACCAACAUCAGUGUUGGGACUUCCUAUUGGACAACAUAUUAGUUGCAGAGGAAAAGAUAGCCUUAAUGAAGACGUUGUCAAACCAUAUACCCCAACAACUUUGGAUUCAGAUGUUGGAUACUUUGAAUUAGUCAUAAAGAUGUAUCCACAAGGAAGGAUGUCUCACCAUUUUCAAGUGAUGCGUGAAGGUGACUAUCUGGCGGUAAAAGGACCUAAGGGACGGUUCAAGUAUCAGCCUAACCAAGUUAGAGCUUUUGGGAUGCUAGCUGGAGGCACUGGCAUCACCCCGAUGUUCCAGGUUGCUAGAGCCAUAUUGGAAAAUCCCAGUGACAGAACAAAUGUACAUCUUAUAUAUGCCAAUGUCACAUAUGAGGACAUUCUAUUGAAAGAAGAGUUGGAUAAUCUUUCCAGUAAUUUUCCCAAUCGUUUCAACAUUUAUUAUGUUUUGAAUCAGCCUCCUGAAAUUUGGGAAGGUGGUGUUGGGUUCAUAUCAAAGGAAAUUAUUCAAACUUACUGCCCUGCACCAGCCCCUGAUAUUAAGAUUUUAAGAUGUGGGCCACCACCCAUGAACAAAGCUAUGGCUGCUAACCUCGAGAGUCUGGGAUACAGUCCGGAAAUGCAGUUCCAGUUUUAGGUCUUUGCUGGAGCUCUCCAAUGGGGUUUACCAUCCCUCGCAUAAAUAAAGGAUUUUUAUUUAGGAUUACAUGACAUUUGAAAAUGAGAGUGCAGCUUGAAGAGGUUCCUGCAUUGUCCUUAAUAGUUAAACAUGGUUAAAAAAAAAGAAAAAAAAAAGUGCAGAACAAGCUUCUGACUUCUCUGCUAUAAGCUCUCUAGUUUUUAAGGUAAAGAAUAUUUUAGUAGACUUAUUGCAGUGCCACUGAAAAUGGGCAACAUGAUGCAUAUGGUUAUUUCUUUUCGACUGUAUCAAGAAAGUAGUUGAGAGUUUUUUCUUCAACUGAACUUUUAUUAUAUUAAAUUCUGGAA